AUGCCGCUUUUGGCUGAAGAAAACCAUCAAGAAAUUCGACCCUUUGGGUUUCCAUUGCAGAAAGUUUCGACUUUGAGCUUCAACAAGAGCUUUGAUGGUGCAUCAGAGCUUCACAAGGUAGCCAAACAAGCUUACAUUUCAGGGAAGAAGUUAUGGGAGGAAGUUGAGAGUGGUAAAGUUAAGAGCUUUUCGGGUUUUAAAGCCGAAAACAGUUCGGAUACUUGUUUGAAUUCGGUUUCAGUUUCUGGGUUUGAGUUUAGAGAGAAGUUGAAAGGGGUUAUGGUUUUGCCUUGUGGGUUGACACUUUGGUCUCAUGUGACUGUGUUUAUGAUGGAGUUGCAGGGGUUGAAAGCUGUUGAGAAUGAAGAACCACCGAAGAUAUUGCAUUUUAAUCCUAGGCUUAAAGGGGAUUGGAGUGGAAAGCCUGUUAUUGAGCAGAAUACUUGUUAUAGGAUGCAAUGGGGUACUGCUCUUAGGUGUGAGGGAUGGAAGUCUCGUGCCGAUGACGAAACUGUUGAUGGACAGGUGAAAUGUGAAAAAUGGAUUCACGAUGAUGAGAACCGAUCAGAAGAGUGGAAGGCGACAUGGUGGUUGAACAGACUAAUGGGUCGGAAAAAAGACGUGCAUGUGGAUUGGCCAUAUCCUUUUGCUGAAGGGAAGUUAUUUGUUCUCACCAUAAGUGCUGGCUUGGAAGGUUACCAUAUUACUGUGGAUGGGAGGCAUGUGACGUCCUUUCCGUAUCGCACAGGCUUUGCUCUUGAGGAUGCUACCGGACUAUCAAUAAAUGGGGACGUCGAUGUGCACUCUAUAUACGCUGCUUCCUUACCUACAUCACAUCCUAGCUUUGCUCCGCAGAUGCAUCUUGAAUUGCUUCCUCAGUGGAAGGCUCCACCUAUUCUUGGCGUGAAUGUCGAGCUUUUCAUUGGUAUCCUUUCUGCUGGAAACCAUUUUGCUGAACGAAUGGCUGUGAGGAAGUCAUGGAUGCAGCAUAAGCUAAUCAAAUCCUCACGUAUUGUGGCUCGGUUUUUCGUAGCCUGCAUGCAAGGAAAGAUAUAA